AUGGCCGAGGCUCCUGUAGAUGCGGUGACUCAGCCAGUAACUGGGAAGAAAAAGAAGAGUCUGUCCAUCGAGGAAAAGAUUGACAUCAUAAAUGCAGUGGAGAGUGGCAAGAAAAAGGCCGAGAUUGCAGCUGAAUAUGGAAUAAAGAAAAAUUCUUUGUCUUCCAUUAUGAAAAACAAAGACAAAGUUCUGGAAGCCUUUGAGUCUCUGAGAUUUGAUCCGAAGAGAAAAAGACUGAGAACGGCCUUUUAUACGGAUCUGGAAGAAGCACUGAUGAGAUGGUAUCGGAUUGCCCAGUGUCUCAAUGUUCCCGUUAAUGGGCCAAUGUUACGUCUAAAAGCUAACGAUUUUGCUCAGAAGCUGGGACACAAUGACUUUAAGUGCAGCAAUGGUUGGUUGGAUCGUUUCAAGUCCAGGUACGGCUUAGUAUUCCGAGCACAGCCCGUAGAAGCCACCGGUAUAUCUACAGACCCUGCCACUGUCUGGUACCAAAACGUGCUGCCUUAUUACUUAAAUGAUUAUCAUCCUAAGAAUGUUUUCAGUGUAAAAGAGACCGGACUGCUUUAUCGAAUGUUACCGACAAACACAUUUGCAUAUAAAGGAGAGACUUGCUCAGUGGGAAAGCUGUGCAAAGACAGGAUAACGCUGGCAGUCGGAACAAACAUGGACGGCUCAGAGAAGCUUCCUUUGCUCGUUAUUGGGAAAAACCGAACUCCGCGUUGUUUCAAAGGCAUAAAGUCCCUGCCUGUGUAUUAUGAAGCGAACAGAAUGGCAUGGAUGACUGCAGCCAUAUUCGAACAGUGGAUGCAUCAGCUUGACGAGAAAUUUCAAGCCCAGCAACGAAGAGUGGUGAUUUUUGUUGAUUCUUGCCCUGCACAUCCAGAGGUGAAAAACCUAAAGUCCAUUGAGUUAGCAAUCUUCCCAUCGUGCCUGUCUUCCGGGCUUGUCGCUAUGAAACAAGGUGUUAUUAAAAGCCUGAAAAUCAAAUAUCGGCACUGUCUUAUCAAGAAAUUUUUAAGUUCUGUUGAAAGUAGCAAAGAAUUUACAUUUUCUCUACUAGACGCGGUUGAUACAUUGCAUCUGUGCUGGAGAACUGUAACCCCAGAGACCAUUGUGAAAAGCUAUGAAGAGGCAGGAUUCAGGUCUCCAGCGCUGGAAACCAACAGUGAAGAGAGUGAAGCUGCGGCUCUUGACCUGGCUGCCCCUGCUCUGGGGGCAGGGGUGGAGCUUCCUGAAGGUUUGUCCAUAGAGGAGUAUGCUGCCCUGGACGAGGAUCUGGAGACCUGCGAAGCCACCCCAAAUGAUGAUGAGGAGUGUACCAAAGAAAGUAAACAAGAUGAAACUGGUUUUUAUGCUUCUGAUGAAGAGGAGGAGGACAGCGGAGCUCUAGAAGCAGACCCGCCCUUACCAUCCAAGAACGACGCAAUUGAAGCUAUAGGAACCCUUAAAAAGUUCCUUAGAAGUCACGAUGUGAACGAUGAACUUCACGAUUCUUUAGCAGACCUUGAAAACUUUAUUAAUGCUUUGUCACCUAAAUAG